AUGACGGUUGAAAUAGAGACCUCGGAUGCUGCAAUGGCAUCGCCUACAAGCUCAAGUGGCACAGGCCCCGAAUCCCUACGAUUAUCAGAGAUUGAGAGCGCACAUUUAUGUCCAGCUGGAAGGAUGAAGAUGGAGGAGCUUUUUCGUCAGUGGCUCAAUGUAGACAGCACAAAGGAGAUGAUUCAGACCAUGGUAGCAGACUUACGGCAGGGUAAGGAACUUAAUCUGGACACGCUACUAGCUACAACUAACACGAUGGCAAGCGGAGCUGACUCACCCUCGCGCAGUCCCAAACCUCCACCUAAUUAUCAUCAGUUUGGGCUGCUCAGCCCUGGCUCAGUCGGCAGUCCCAGUGCGCGCAGACGUCAGCAACAUCUGGUCAGUCUCUUUGGAGACGAGCUUCACAACGCUGUUGCUGCAGUAGCUGCUGCUACAGUGGAUAUGGAAGCAGUGAAUAAGUCUGAGACAGUAGCUGCUGUAGAUUCGAUUCCGACGUCAGACGACGUAGAUAUGACCAGUGGCGAGAUUGAGACUGCCAGUGACAACAAUGAAGUAGAAAGCGUUGGUGAAAUAGUAGCAGAAAAUCACGAGGAAUCUGUAGAAACGACAACACCUGCGCCACCUGCGGAUGCAGAUGAGAAUAUGGAGGAGGAGCAGCAGGCAACAGAAGAAGCUUCCAACGAAGAGCCUGGAGCAGACGAAUUUGACCACCCUAUGGACGAUGGUGCCGCGAAGCAGGUUCAGAUUCCCAAAUUUUACGCGCCAGGUGAAGGGCGACGUGGCCGGCUACGUGGUCUAUCCACGGACGCUAUGGCGCGUAAGGCAUCGGAUAUUGAGGCGCACUUUCGUGAGUUUUCGGAGGGUAUGAAGGUUGAAGAUUUUGUGGCUAUUACCAAGGAUCUGUGCGGCUUUCCUUCGUUUUUCAAUGCGCCGUUUUUUCGACGCAUCCUUGCGACCUGCGAGCAAGUAGGAGAGACAACGCUGAAGUCGCCAUUGAGUCCUGCAGCAGAUGAUGCAUCUAGUCCCACGAGCGCUGACGGCGGUGCGACACCGCAGCGUAUAACGAAGGACAUGUUUCAAAAUUACUGGAUGCGCGAAAUGGCUCCUUGUGACAGCUUGGAGCGCUUUUUUAGAGUAGUGAAGCAACCGAAGAAUGACUUUAUAGAGCGAGACGACUUUGCGCCAUUUUUGCAUGAAUUGCUGAAGUAUCACCCUGGUCUUGAGUUUCUUGGGGGCACUCCUGAAUUUCAGGAAAAAUAUGCCUUGACGGUCGUCGUGCGGAUAUUUUACUCGGUAGAUAGAGACAGCAGUGGGCGGAUUACAUUGCGAAAGCUGCGACGCAGCAAUCUUAUUAAUGCAUUCAACACUGUAGAUGAGGAAGAAGACAUUAAUAAGGUGAAUUCGUACUUCUCAUACGAGCACUUCUACGUGCUGUACUGCAAAUUUUGGGAGCUAGACACGGAUCAUGACUUUCUUCUCAGUCCCGAUGACCUCACGCUAAGUGCCGAGGAAAAAAAGAAGAUGAGCUACGAGGACUUCAUUUACUUUAUGCUCUCGGAGGAGGAUAAAGCAAAUCCUGUUAGUAUUAGGUAUUGGUUCGAGCUUAUUGACACGAACGAAGACGGUGUAUUGCGUGCCGACGAGAUGCGGAUAUUUUACCGUCACCAGAUACAUCGCAUGGAGUGCCUUGGCCAUGAGGUGGUGCCCUUCGAGGACAUUCUUUGCCAGAUGUCGGAUUUGUUGCAUCCAGAAAAGGACGGCGAAUUUUACCACAAGGACUUUAUUCGUCCGGAUAAGAUCCGCGUAUCGGGCGUAUUCUUUAACGUGCUGUUCAAUCUUAGCAAGUUCAUCGAGUUUGAGCAACGAGAUCCAUUUCUGCUGCGUCAGCAAAUUGCCGAACCGGAGCUUACAGACUGGGACCGGUACGCUCGUGCCGAGUACGCACGGCUAGCUAUGGAAGAGGAAAGCCGUGAUGAGGACACUGCAAUGGACAUAGACACCAUGGACGGUUGGUAUGUGUCAGAUGAGCAGGAGGAAGACGGUCAGGAAGGUGGUGUCACCACUACGGACGGUACAGCGGGUGGCAACGAAGGUCGAACGGUCGAAGCCCCUUUUUAA